AUCCUCCUCCACAGUCAGACCCUUACCAUACUAGCAACCAGCCGAAUGAAUAGGGAGGAAACUCUUUCCACCUGCGAGUCAGGUCUCACGACCAGCUCGGUCGGUGAUGUUGGAGAAGCUCUCACCAACACUGCUGCUGGUAGUAGUGGUACCACUCCUUUGAGUAGUCCUUUCCGUUCCUCACGCGAGGUUCGAUUCGGAGACCACCGACCACCAGUCCACAACAAGCAUCCGUUGACCAUUUUUAUCCGGCACAAUAUUGUCCCGGGCAAAGAAGCGCUGUUUGAAGAAUGGGUGAUGGAGAUUGGACGGCUGCUCCGGCGUUUUACAGGUUUUUUGGACGCCGAAAUCAUUCGGCCGAACUGCUGCGAGUCGCACGAGUACGUUUCGGUGGUGCGUUUCGAUACGUACGACAAUUUGCAGGUAUGGAUGGAUUCGAGUGAGCGGCAGCUGCAUAUUGACAAGGCGUACGCGUUUUCGGAAGAACCCAUGAAGGUUUCGUAUCACUCGCUGGAAUACUGGUUUCACGUAUCCGACGGUAACAAGAACGGAGGAGGACCACCGCCACGAGCCAAAAUGGCAGUUGUGACGUUUCUCGUGAUUUGGUUGCAAUCGCGGUAUCUAACCCAGAACACCAUCAUGCGCUGGCAUAGCUUGUCUCCAACCGGCAAGCAAGCCCUAUCCGUCAUGUUGAUUGUCUUGAUGACCACAUACGUGAUCAUGCCGGUUGUAACCAAGUAUGUUUUAAAUUGGUGGCUCUUUCCGAGAGAGGACCAGCCGACUUGGGUUCAGCUUUUGAACUGUUCUUGGCGAGUAGCCCGGGUAAAGAAGGAAACCAAAACAUCGAAACAAGCCCAGACUUUACCAUCUACGGAUGCGGCAGAGUCGGCAUAG